CGGACAAUGAAUGUUGAGACCUAUCCACGCUAAUCUCCUAGAAUGAAUAGACCAAGGUGACGAAUCUGCCUCUGCGAUAUUCAAAUUACUUAUGAAUGAUUAUACUUAGGGACUACGACUAUCUUCCUGCGCCAGCGCCGUUAUCACCCUCAUGAUGUUGGAAGAGUUAGUUGUAAAUGAAGAUGAGUGUUCUUUUUCGAUGAGGAUGAAGUAGGCAACAAAUUAUAUAUGAUGUCUAAGAUCUUCAUCUUUGGAACUGUGAAAGCAAUGAGAAGGUUGAUGUUAUAUAUAACCAAAUGAGUAGCAACUUCCAAAAAUGAUUAAAUGAAUUGCAUUUGCAUAGAAGCGCCAUGAAAGGUCAAGACGC